AAAGUCCGGCUGCCAUUCGGAUGAAAUGUAACGCGCUGCUGGAGCGUCGUGCCAUUGGCGAGCGCUUAUAACGCGUCCCUCGUUCGGACAGCAUGAAUUACACAUAGGCGUCUCACACAUGCUUCUGGACCAUGAGUGAUGAGUCUCCGUUACAGACGCGCCUCACCACUGACGUGCCGCUGGCGUCCGGCUCUCAGGAGAACUAUGUCCUGCUGCUGGUGCUGCUGUGUGUGUUCGCCGGCGGGACGCUGGUCCUCCUGUCCAUCCUGCUGGUCUUCUGUCAUCGCUGCUGUCGAGGAGAGCGACGCUACUCCAGAGCCAGUGAUGACCUGGAGAAAACCAACACCACAUACAUAGAGGAGAGUCAGCCGAUGCAAGAUGUCACUAUCAGACUCGAGAGCGGCGAGUCGCUGUCUUCUUCCAGCUGUCAUGGCGAUACGGACGCGGAUCACUUCCUGUCUGCGUCGGUCACCGGAAGACGGGUCUCUUUCAACGAGGCCGCCAUCUAUGAGCAGAGCGCCAAAGACCAGGAGACAGGUCGAAGGUACACGCUGACGGAGGGCGACUUCCAUCACCUGAAGAAAGCUCGUCUGACGCACCUGCACCUGCAGCCGCCGGCGCUGAAGAUCCUCACCAUCAUGGAGUGUGAUUCACCGGAGAACAGCGUGACGCUCAGCGAACAGCCCUCACAACACCCAUCCCUCUCCAUAUUCCAGGUGACACACUGCUUUAAUAUCUCUCAAACAUCACCUCCAAUUGAGGUGAUGAACAGAAGCCUGCUGAUGGACAGAGAUUCCACUUUCUGUCCGGCUCAGGGCACCAUGUUCCACUUCCUGUCUAAGCUCAGACGCCACGCCAGUCUGGAGGGAGCGGGUCCGUUCUUCAGCGUCAAGAAAUGGAGACAGGACACCACCCAGAGAGCGGCGAGUCUCGACACGAGAGGUUCUCCGCGGAGACGUGCGUUUCAGAGGCAGCGGGCGGCCAGCGAGACUCUGGAUCAGGGAGAAGAAACCUUGCACAGUGGAGUCAGUGACAUCUUGUUGCGAAAACCCACCGCACAGCCACAGAAGGAGGCGUCAAGACGCCUUUCGGCCGGUUCUUUGGAUGCCACCGCAGGAGCUCAGCCUGCCCUCAGCAGGUUAGAGGUAGAAGCCGUAAUGGAGUUCAGAGUCAAUACAGAUGCAGUGAAAGACACGACUCCAACAUUGCCCUCAUCCCAAGGACCUCUGCAAGUGGAGGAUGGUGAAGAGGAUGGACAGGGGAUGAUGGCAGGAGCAUCAGGAGGCGACACUGAAGAGUUUGGACCAGUGAGUCAUCAGGAGAGCCUAGAGCAGCCCAGCCUGUACCGCGACAUCUGGAGCCUGAGAGCAUCGCUGGAGCAGUACGCAUCCUCCGACCUGAGCAGCAACGACAGGGACUCCACUCGCAGCGAUGCCGACAGCGUUUGCUCAGCGGGAGCAUCGAGAGCGGGCGUUCCCAGCUACCAGUCGCAAGACAUCGAUGAUGAUCUAGACGGGGACAGCGAGCUUCCAUAUGACGACAUGGUCAGGGAAGCCGGGCAGAGGAGAAAUGGACUGGACAGCGUAGACACUGAGAGAGGCAGCGACGGAGAGACAAACAACCGGAAGCUUCUGCAGAUGGACAGUGGAUACGCCUCAAUCGAGGCUCCUUGCAAGGCUCCAGAGGAAUUCAGAUUGUUCGGGAGUAGCUCUGGAAAGACCGCAUCAGAACGUCGCCGCUUUUUCACCAAUUCUGGAUGCAAAGGCACGGUUUGUGAGAGCUUUGAGGCACGGUUGUUCAAGGAGGAGCUGGAAGAUGAGGCAUCGGAGAGCAGCGUAAGUUUGGAGGCAGACACUCCCGCUUCGGUUUCCCACCAAGAACCCGUGACCAAACCCAGGCCACACUUCCGCCGCAGAGACUACAGCAUCGAUGAGAAGACGGAGGCGCUGUUUAAUGAAUUCCUACGCCAUGACCCCCAGUUUGACCAGCAGGGCUCGCCCUCCUUGCGUCACCGGCACCGCUCCCGAAUCCAUCUCAGGAAGCAGUGGCAGCGCAGCAAGCAGUACAGCGACCCCGGUGCCGCUCGAUACUCACCAUCUCUAGAGCGACAGCGCUGCUACCCGCUACGCCGAGGCGACAGCGCCAACUUCCCCUUAGACACACGCUACCACAGUACCUUGCCUCGCAUCGCCAGCGCCGCGGACGAGGAGGCCAGCGAGGGAGCAGCGAGUAUGGAAUCGCCCGAGCCAGAAAAAUCCGGUCCAGAGCUGGAAGGUGCUGGUCCGCCCUCAGAAACAGGCAGUUCUGGUCCAGACCUGGAGGAAAACGCAAACAACAGCAGCAACAACACAAGCCGACAUUUCUUUUCAUCCCAAAUGCAGGACAGCAGUGCCAGGCAUUCUGGGAGACUGGAGGUCUUGGGAACAAAUGCUCAUCCCGCAGAUUCACAAAAACAUUCACAGAUGGACCGUGGUGGACCAAUGACUACAUUUAGUUCUCAUUUGCAUUCACAUACACACACAGUCAUGCUGGAUCCCACUGAUCCGGAUCAGGAUUCGGACUACACGCUUCACACUCUCACUGACAUCAGUCCGUCAGACAAACUGGCGUCCACACUGGACGAUCGGCUCUACUCUAACCUGAGGACUCAAAGAGGGAGUCAAGAGUGUGUCGUGACCGUAAGCCACACCUCACCAGAUCUAGAAGAAUAAAAGGCCGUUCGCACUAAGAACAAUAACUAUGACCAUGAAGUUGCAUUAAUCGCUCUGACUUUAAGAGAACUGCGAAGUCCACACCACAGCUAUAACGAUAAUGAUACAGAUGAACGAUAUAGUUGGAAUCACGUUCAUAACGCAAUCUGACUUUAACUUGAGCAUUUAAAGUCCACAAGUGGCAUAAACAGAACGUUAUUGUCCGUUGGUGUGGACACUAAUAUAGUUAACGUUAUAGUUAUCGUUGUUGUACAGAAAAGUUUGGAUCGUGUUUGAAACGGUACAGCGCCACCUAUUGGUCAAGUCUGUUUUUUGGAUGUCAGUAACUCCUUUUUCCAUCGACAGGGUGCUGGUGCCGGGCAUCUAAUGUCCUCAUUAUGUAAAGAACAAGAACUCGAUCUGACACAAAUCUAGAUCACGGCCAUUAUAAUGAACAAACACCCCGCUUCCACGUACGUCACAUUGCACUGCAGCACUAGGCACUUUCUAUUUGCAAUCCAAAAUGGAGAAUGCAUUACUAUGAAUUUGAAAGACUUGGCCGUGAUUAUUUGUGGGCAGCUUGUGCUCGUCAUUCAGUUUUCAGUGAGUUCUGUAGACUGUAUUAUUCUGUAUUAUUUUAGCGAAUCUGUUUGGUGACAGAAAUCACACACUUCACCAGAGUAUAUGUAAGAGUUUAAACAGUGUGAACACAUCCAUCCAAGAUGAAAUGAUAGAAAC